AUGCCGCCGAUUGCUCGAAAGAAGAAGCCGGGGGGAGGAGGUCUUGGCGCAGUCAGGCUGAGCGCCAAGCCUCUCGCGACGUGGUCAGAUGCAUCGGGAGCGACAGACGCGUCCAUUGGAUUCGCACAUCAAGACCCUCCUGCUCCUUCCGCGCAGCUCGAAUCUCCUCAGUCCGUACCUCGCGGAUCUCACGCUGCGUCGCACGCUCUGCCUGCUGCGAUUGAUGGCAGUCAAGCGACCCGAACCCAUUCCACCGUCGCAUCUCAGCCGUUGGAUUCACAUCGGCAUCCGUCGAUCCGGGACGUGCAUCCGGCAGAUCCGCUUGACGUUUUGCUGCCGGAAUCCGCGAAGCAGCAUGUGCUUGCAGCGACGGACCCCGCGCACCCUCCGCACGCAACUGCGAAGCGAGGAGCAAUAGCUGCUUCCAAGAAAGGACUUUCGCAAUCCGUCGCACCGUCGUCGUCCAAUGCGACAUCGCAUGCGACAGAUGCGACUCCAACGACAUCUGUCGUCGCUUCGACUAACAGAUCGUCAACAGCACAUCAUCAACCCUCCACCGCGACAUCGUCGCAAGGGCAAGGCGCGCUUCCUCCCGCGUUUGCUCCCGCUCCCCGCGCCGCAGCUUCCGCUCCGCACGGUGCUUCGUCGUCCGCCGCGGGUGCCGCGGCCGCGCCGAUUAAGAUCAUCGGGCUCUCCGGCAAGGCGUCGCGGUCGUCGCUCGUCAAAGGCAAGCCGCUCGUCGCUCGCUCCGCCAUCACUCCCUCUCCCGCUGCAACCCCUAAUGCUGCUAACAACUCUCCUGCCACCGCGGCUAGCAGCAGCAGCAGCGGCGGCAGAAGUGUCAGCCUGUCUACUCUCACCGGUGCUCCAUCCGUCGCUUCUAUCCCCGCUAAUGGCAUUCCCGCUGCAGCGCCCUCAGCUACACCUGCUGCGAUUCCGAAUUCUUCCGUCCUGUCGAAUCACGCAGAGCCGGCAGCGAGUGCGUUUCUGGGCUUCGACGACACGGACGAUCUGCGCGCGGAUGCUUCACGCGCACCCACUCGCCCCGCCUCGUCCUCCGCCGCCGUCCCCGCGCCUCUCCUCCCCCCCGCGGCAGUGCCGUUCUUUGACUCCCCGCUCGCCGCCGCCGCACCCGCGCCGCCCGUUCCCCUCGCACCGUCAUCCCCCUCCUCGUCCUGCUCCUCCACCUCCUCCUCCUCCGCGCCCGCCGCGCGCAAGCUAACGUCCCCCCGGCUGGGAGGCAAGCCCGCAGGCAAAGGCAGGCUGCUGGGGGCCGUGCCCAGACGGCUGUCCGCGCCGCAGCUGAGUGCUGCGAGCAGUGGCGGCGGGCCUGGCGGUGAGAAGCAGGCGCAGGCGGCGGAGGAGCAACAAGCGCGGGAUGCGCAGAUGGAGCAGGCGGGCGAGCGGGAGAGGCAGCGGCAGUUGGAGGAGGAGAGUCGGAAGAAGCGGGAGCAACAGGAGCGCGAGCGGUUGGAGCAGUUGCGGAAGGAGGAGGAGAGGAGGGAGAAGGAGAGGAAGGAGACGGAGCGACAGGAGCAGCUUAGGGUUGAACAGGAGAGGAAGGAGAAGGAGCGACUUGAGCGGCUUAGAGCAGAGCAAGAGAGGAAGGAAAGGGAGAGGGAGGCGCAGUUGAAAGCCGAGCAGGAGAAGAAGGAAAAGGAAGAACGACUGGAGCAGCUUAGGUUGGAGCAGGAGAAAGCGGAAAAGGAGCGGUUGGAUCUUUUGAAAAAAGAAGAGAGGAGGAGGGAGAUGGAGAAACAGGAACAGUUAAGAAUCGAGCGUGAAAAGAAGGAGAGAGAGGAGCAGGAGAAGAAAGCGAAGGAAAUGCAAGAACGGAUGGAGAAGGAACGGAUGGAGAAGGAACAGGUUGAGAGGGAACGAUUGGAGAAGGAACUAUUGGAGAAGGAACUAUUGGAGAAGGAGAAGAGAGAGGAAAGGGAGCGAGAGAAGGUAAGAAAAGAGCUAGAGAGAAGGCAGAAGGAGGAACAGGACCAGCAGAGGCGGAAGGAAAGGGAGCGGAAAGAGAAGCUGAAGGCAGAGAGAGAACGAGUAGAGUGGGAACAGCGGGAGCAGAAGCGGAUUGAGGAGGAGAAGAAGGAGCAGGAGAGGCGCAAGGAGCAAGAACGGAAGGAGAGGGAGCGGCAGGAGGAGUUAAAGAAGGAAGAGGAACGGAAGGAGCGGGAACGGCAAGAGUGGCUUCGGCGAGAGGAAGAGAGGAAGAAGAAGGAGCGCCAGGAGCAGUUGCGACGAGAACGAGAGAGGAGGGAGCAGGAGAGGCAGGAGCGUCUGGAGCAGCAGCGCAGGGAGCGCGAGCAGAAGGAGCGCGAGAGGCAGGAGAUGGAGCGCAGGGAGAGGGAGAGGGAGAGGCAGGCGGAGGAGCAGGCGCAGGAGGUGAGAAAGCAGCGCGCAAGGCCCGCUGCUGAAGGCGGCGGGCUGGCAGGCAGCGCGUGGGCCAACGGGCGGGAAGACCCCUCGGGAUAUGCUGCGGAGGGUGGCGCCAAGGUGGGUCGCACUGAUGCUGACGUGGCUGCCGGCGCGGCUGCACGGAUGGCUGCAGGCGAGGAGGCCAACGGCGAGCAGCGGAAGGGGCAGAGCAAGAAGGGCGGGGGCGGUGGGCACGGCGAGGGCUGGGCGGGAGAGGGGGACGGGUGGGGGAGCAUAGACGAGGGUGAUGACUGGGGGAUCGCGGGCAGAUUCAUUGCGGAGAGGCCCCUGGGGGAGCGCGCGUAUGCGCGCACCAGCAGCUUCCAGGGCGUUGGAUCCGCUGCCAUGAGCGGAGAGGCGGGCGCGCAGGGGCGGAGACCAAACGGGGACGGGUGGGGAGGCCUGGGCGGGGAUGCGUGGGGCGGGUUCGGGGUGGGGGGAGUGGGCGCGCGCAUGGCGCGGCCAGCGACAGCAGGGGGGCGGAGGGAGGGCGCGUGGCCGCUGCUGGGUUCGCUGGUGAAGGCGGCAUCUGACGUGUCUGCGUGGUCGUCUGACGUGCUGCUGACGGCGCAGCCCGGGGAGGAGGCAGGGGAUGGUGCAGGCGCGCGCAGGGAAGGCGUGCAGGGCGGGCAGGAUGGGCAGGGGGUGCUGGGCGGGGGGGGUGAUGUGAAAGAGGAGGGCGUGGGUGGAGCUGUUAGCGGGCGGGGAGGGGACGGUGUGGGGGAGGACAAUGAGAGCAAGAUCCGCAGCCUGUUUGACAAGGCUGGCGCAGGGCGCGAGGGCCCCGGCGCUAAGCUGGGCUCGCAGGUCAUCAACCAAG